AUGAGUCAGGUGGUAGAUGUUCUUCCGAUGGGCACGAUAGUCACACUGUCAACGGACUGGGGAGAGGUGAUGGAGAAGCACCCCCAGAGAGGGAAAAAUGGGAAGGGCAAGGUGCUGUGGAUGGUCGAACCACAAGAGGGAUUCCUGGAGAGGAGGCCGCUGGAGGACCUGCCGGCGAAUCGCGGUGACGAGGCCGACGAGGCCGAAGUAGCAGCACCACCGCCACAUGCUGCUCCUGUCUCUUUGACUCCCGAGGAAAGGAUGGGGAUUGUCCGAGGCGCAACGAAGAUGUCCGAGCUGCUGCGCUCGACCCUUCGAAGAGGGGCGUACUUCGAGGGAGCGGCCGGUGUGCAUAGCUUCUUAGAGGUCCAUCGAGCGGCGCUGAGGGCUGCAGCUACGCUGAUGCGAAAGGAUCCGGCGUCGCGGGAGGGUCUGUUGGAGUGCCGGGGAAUCGAGCUCUUCGUUCUCAUUGUCAGCAAGUUCUGCGAGGAAGACAGACUGCUUUGCGAGUACGGGUGCUGGGCCCUCGCCGUCUUCGCCGGAGAGGGGGACUCGGACUCGGACUCGGACCCGAGCGUGUUUCGGUUUCAGGAGGCCGUGGUGGAGGCGGGGGGGCUGGCAGCGGUGGGGUGUGCCGUGGACGCUCACCCCGACUCUGCGCAGCUACGCAGGUGCGGAGUCAGCGCCUUAGCCGCGAUCGUCCACGACAAUGCCUCAACCGCGGGGCAACUCCACUCCCUAAACCUACAAGCUACAGUGGCCGAAGAUUCCAUCCGCCGCUGGCCCAACGACCCCGAGCUGAGCUGCCUGGCUUGCUGGGUGUUGCGGUCUGUUGUGGAGCCGCCAUCGAGGUUGCCCAGGCAAGGCGAUCCCGAACUCAGAGGCAAGGGAGAUGUGGUUCUUCAUGGCGGGAUCGGUGGCGAUGGUGGCAGCGUCGUCGGCAGCAAAUUCCGACUGCGAAGAAAGAGUGUCGAGGAGGUGGAGGUGGGUUCGGCGAUGCCAGAGAACAGUGGAGAGAGCUCGCUCCAAAAGAGGAACGGCGGUGGCUUGGAGGGAGACAAUUCUCUUGCCCUCGGGAGUGGGGAUGAUCCCCGCGAUCAAUCGGGUGAUGCCAAUGAGACAGGCGGCUGCGGUGGUGGAGUGUUCAUGGAGGGGAGCACGAUGAGUGGAAGCGUGUUCGGGAUGGGAGACAAUGAAACGAGCGAUCUCCUCAUUAGCCUCGCUGACGACGACGAUAUCGACGAUGCAACUACCGCAACCGGACGGAAACCCUCGUCGCCCUCCGGGCAAGCCGGUAGCGUAAGCCCAGCGGCGUCAACAACCACAGCGGCAGCCCCGGUUUCUGCCGUGACCGCCUCUUCCACAAGCAAUAAGCACCGGGGACUCGAGGGUGUCCCAGUGAAUGAGGGGCGAUGGGACGCCCCAAUGGAGCAGUUGGGUAGAGCUGGGCAAUCUACCAUCAGCAGCGAAAGCCUCAGAGCGGGGGAACCGAUUGGCAGCGGAACGAGGGAGGCCGGGGAAGGGCGUGUCGCUGGCCAGGCGGGAGUUGUUAUGGCGGCGGCGUUUGAAGGUGAAGAGGACGGAGAGGUGCUCGAGAGGUUGCUCAAGCUGGCGGAGGCGACCAAGGUGUUGAACCAUGACAACGAAGACACCCGCAAGGCCGCGUCUCGUCUGGUGGAAGCAAUCCUACGGCAGAUCGACUCGACCUACGUCCGCAGCUCGAGGCGAAGGAGAAGGGCUAGCCAGGCUAGGGUAGCCCGCGUUCUCAGGGAGGGGCAGGCGAUCGGGGCCUUGUAA